UUAAGGAUUUGGAGAUGGGGAAAUUAUCCAGGUGGGCCUGACAAAGGCCCUUAUGAGAGGUAGGCAGAUCAGAAGAAACGCCAUCAUGCAAGGGAAGAAAAGCAUAGAAACCAAUGAGAUAUGAGGCCAUGAGCUUAGCAAUGUGGGCAGCCUCUAGAAGGUGGGAAGGCAGGGAAACAUUGUCCCUAAAACCUGCAGAAGGAACCAGCCCUUCUGAUACCUUAAUUUUAGCCCCAUAAGACUCACUUGGACUUCUGACUUCCAGAACUGCAGGAGAAUAAAUUUGCCUUGUUUUAAGCCACUAAAUUGUGGUAGUUUGUUACAACAGCAAUAGAAAACUAAUACAGAAAGUGUCUGGGAAAUGAACAAUUGCACUGUGCCCCCUUUUGUUACUAUUUCUAGUUGCUUUAUGAGCAAAGCUUGUCUUACCUAGCAACAGUUGCUAAGCAAGUUAACAAUUUAACUAGGAGUUUAACUAAGAGCCAAGGAGAGGGCAGCUGUGUAAAUCUCCCCAUAUCCAAUGCCCACACCUUACAUGGUAAAGGCUUUUGGUAUCAAUGACCAUUCCUUAUCAAUAGACAUGUUACCACUACCUAAUCAUAGCAAAUGAUUAAAUCCUUACCAACAUCUAGCAGUCCUAAAACCUUGAACUGCCUCCAGCUUUCUUAAACUUCUAGGUUUUCUUAAAACUACUUUUUCUGAUCCUAAGAAUAUUUUACCUGUACAUAGUAAAAGACAUCCUAAAUUUAAUUAUGAUCAGAAAUCCAAAUUACAAAAGCUUUGUUUGCUGUGCUGUUUGCAAUAAAAUAAUUCCACCUGCCCCUUUUGGAGAAACCUUCAAACAGAUCCAUGAAUACAAGCCAUUUAAGACACACUUUUACACUCACAGAGAUAUACUGGAUAUCGGGGCAGAUAUUCAAGAAGAGGAAAUUCAAGAGGCUGCACUCUAAGAACAUAUUGCAAAAACAGAAGCUGACGUAUGGGCUCAGGCUGAUGAAUGCCAAAAACAAGCACUUGAAGAUGCCAAUGACAGACACAUUAAAAUUCAGAUUCUAGAAGAGGAACAUCAGAAGAAUUUAAAGGUUCUUACUGUGGCUGUGAGCACCUACCGUAGAUGUGUGCUAGGUGAGAUUGCACGACUGGCCUCGACCUCGGGGAACUCGCCUGCAGGAGAGGGACCUCCACCCAAGGCUGCUGAAGGGUGGUGGGCGCCCCCUGCUCGGCCCCAGGGGCUGCGGCAGUCCUCUGCCCGUCCCUGUGCCAGUUUAAAACAUGAAGCGCACUUACAGCAUGUCCGGCUGUUCAGCUGGCAUGUGCCAAGUAAAAACGUGCCUGAGACCAACAGGUUUGAGGCAGCUGCCAUAGAGCAUUGCUCAGAUGCAAUCAAGAUUAAAGCUAAACCUAACCUACAGGCCAUGGAGAAACUUAUGAAUACUGGUGUGACAGCUAUUAAAGAUCAGAAUAAGAGUGUGAACCAAUUGAUAAAAGAAAAAGAACAUGAAAUGAACACCUGCUUUUGCAUGGCUCAGAGGCAGAAGCAAGAAGAGGUUCCGGAAAUUCUCCAAGAAGCAGAAAAGACCCAUCAGGCCACACUUGGAAAUGUGAUGGAUAAACUAGUUAACACUCAGGGGGAGCUGCUAUCCAUAGUGAAACAACUAGGGAUUAUGACAAAUUGGAAAGAUUUCCUGGAGGAGGAAUUACAGGAAACAAGGGCAGCAUUUCAAAAAUACACCAAUUUUACAUUCCCUAUGCUUUCACCAGGACAUACAGAUUUUAUUCUGCCAGAAGGAAAGAAAACACCUUCCAAUCUUAUCAUUCAGGAGAACUAAACAACUCUUGAUUGGAAGUCUUCAAAUGAAUUUCACUACAAAAGACACUGCUCCAAAGACUAAAUAAAUUCACUCCAAACCAU